AGAUAAUUACAUUCCUACCAUCGCCACCCUCCUCUUUUUAAAAAUAAAACAGUGGGCGGACAGGUUAUUAUGCAAUGCAAAACCUGGAUUACGGUUUAUAUAAUCUAGCCUCCAAACAUGUUCAUCUGGAUUAUUUUUAUAAAUCAGAUAUAUAAUCUACCUUCAUAAUCCGGAUUAUCAUAAUCUAUUGUGGUUCCAAACAUGGCCAUAAUCUAGAUUAUUAUAAUCUAUUGUAGUUUCAAACAGGGCCUAACCCAAUCACCGUAAAACAGCUCUUACUACAAAACUAUCUACAGAAUAUUCAUUUACUUACAAUUAUAUUUAAAAAUCUUGUAAUUUAUAGGUUCAUUUUAGAUUGAGUCUCAUUUUACUUGUAAAUUUUCUCUUGGCAAUAUUAUAACAGAUUUAGUGUCUUUCUUGCUUGUAAUUUCAUACAUUUUUCUUGUUCUGGAUGUCCAUUUUCAAAAUUCUGGGCCGCGACUGAUUUGGUUGCCACUAGGCUGUAGCUUUGUUGCCUUGUGUUUAAUGUACCAUUUCAGUUUCCAAAUGACCUGUCCACACAUCGAUCAUGAGAACAUAAAGAAAGAAAGAAAAACCUAGGUACAUUUACGGCCCUCACCACCAACGGUUAUAAUCACAUUUGCACAUGAUUUAUCGUUUUCCUCUGAUUAAUUGUCUCAUGGAGGAGUACAUUAUCAGUUAAAAGGUGAUGGUCUUUGCCAGACCUCUCUGCUAAAUGGACACUUGUCUAUUUGAUAAGAAGCACAAAGGACAGCUAAGGCCGCACCAAAUGCGUAAGGUAAGCUAUCUCAGCCUAUUUAACACACACUGAAACAACUCGAUCAGAAGCACAGCACUUUACAACUCAAUCAGCAAAGCCCUAAAGCCAAGCGCGACUACCUGCAUUGCACCUUGGCUAGCCCUAGCCAUGGAGAACUUCAACGUCCCGAACGGAGCAGCGGCGCCGGCGCCAACUCAGGCGACGCCGGUGGUGCGGGAGCAGGACCGGCUGAUGCCGAUCGCGAACGUGAUCCGCAUCAUGCGCCGUGCGCUCCCUGCCCACGCCAAGAUCUCCGACGACGCCAAGGAGGCGAUCCAGGAGUGCGUGUCGGAGUUCAUCAGCUUCGUCACCGGCGAGGCCAACGAGCGGUGCCACAUGGAGCACCGCAAGACCGUCAACGCGGAAGACAUCGUGUGGGCCCUGAACCGCCUCGGCUUCGACGACUACGUCCUGCCCCUCAGCGUCUUCCUGCACCGCAUGCGCGAGGGCGAGGCGGGGACAGGUGGUGCCGGUGCAGGCGACAACCGCGCCGCCACGAGGGCGCCUCCCCGCGCGCCGCCGCCCGCUCUCCACGCCGUGCCGUUGCAGGUACUGCAGCGUCCCAUGUACGCGCCCCCGUCUCCGGUGCAGGCUCAGAAUCACAUGCAGAGGCCAGUGUACGCGCCCCCGGUUCCGGUGCAGGUUCAGAAUCUGGUGCAGCGGCCAGUGUACGCGCCCCCGGCUCCGGUGCAGGUUCAGAAUCUGGUGCAGCGCCCCAUGUCCAUGUACGCUUCCCCGGCUCCUGUUCAGGUUCAGAUGCAGCUGGGCAUCUACGGGCCCCGGGCUCCGGUGCGCGGGUACCCCGUCACGAUGUCCCCCGUGCGGUCCGUCGUCGCGCCGCACGUCGGCGAGCAGUGCCAUGCGUUCGGCGGAGAACCCGUCGUGGCCCAGCAAUACUACGGGUACGGGUACGGGGAAGGAGCGUACGGCGCUGGUACUAGCAACAACGGAGGAGCCUGUGCCGACGAGGAGAGCUCGUCCAACGGCGUGCCGGUGCCGGCGGUGGGCACGGAGGAGCCGGAGCCAGCGGAAGAAGAAUCGCAGGACAAGCCCGUCCAAUCUGGCUAGCCGCGGGGGCGGCGCGCGUUAGCUUCCGCGUCCUGCGCGUACUGUAAUAAUUUGCCGUGUCGAUCCGGCGAAAGUUUGUGUGUGCUACUGGUUACCUAAUGUGGGCUUGUUCUUUAGCAAUUCAUGUACUCUUUGCUGUUGAAGUUAUCGUCGAUCGCUUAA